GAGUUCCAGAGCCGAAGGAGCGCAGGACUACAACCCGUCCGCUGAGGCUUUCUUUGCGGGGACCGGGUCUUAGUGUUGCGGGGCGGAUUGAUUCAGACUCACCAACAUGCGGGGCGCGCGCCCACGAAGAGAGCAGGCUCGCCCUGCUCAGGGGGCUAACUGCUGAGCAUGCUGGGUAAAGUGCCACCAACUACGAGUAGCCUCAACCUGGUGAACCCCGAGGGGUCCGACGCCGACGACCACGACGGCAUCACGAUGGCCGACCUUGUGGAGAGCCUGGAUACCAGGGAGCUGGAAAUGGGGGAGGCCGAGGACAACGACUACGACGGAAACCUGGGUGACUGCCGCAUCCCGUUCUCGGCGGUCUACUCCACGGUGGGCUUCAAGGAGUCCGGCUGCCGGGUCUACCUCCCCAUGGUUCCCAUCACGGCCCGCAUCCUGGAGGUGGAGCGCUUCACCGCGGCCCAGGACCGCUUCAACGUGUCGCACCAGAGGAGCGUCAACAAGUCUCUGCCCGCGGUGUUUAAGAUCGAGCUGAAGCACGGGGAGUUCACCUGGGUGGUGAAGAGGAAGGAGAAACACUUCAUGGAGCUGCACCGAGAGCUGAGGACCUACAAGACCUUCAUGAGGAUACCACUGCCGUCACGCAGCCACACGGUGAGGAGGAGGACGGUGAGGAAGAGCGAGGUCCGGGAGAUGCCCUCCCUGCCGAGGGGGGGAGGGGACGAGCUGGUGCGCGACGAGCAGGUCUCCAGCCGGAGGAGACAAUUAGAAGACUAUUUGAACAAGCUGCUGAAGAUGGCCAUGUACCGCAAAUAUCACCACACUAUGGAGUUCAUCGACAUCAGCCAGCUGUCUUUCAUCCACGACCUGGGGCCCAAAGGGCUAGAAGGGAUGAUCUAUAAGCGCUCGGGAGGACAUCGGAUCCCCGGCAUUAACUGCUGUGGCCACAACCAGGCCUGCUACCGCUGGUCCAAACGCUGGCUGGUGGUGAAGGACUCGUGCCUGCUGUACAUGAAGCCGGACUCGGGGGCCAUCUCCUUUGUCCUCCUGCUGGAUAAAGAGUUCAGCAUCAAGAUGGACUCCAAGGACACGGAGACCAAACACGGAGUCCGGAUCGACAGCCUCUCCAGGACGCUGGUGUUCAAGUGCAGCAGCUUCAGACACGCCCGCUGGUGGGGUCAGAGCGUGGAGAGCUUCGUGAGGAGUCACGGGAAGGCGUUCCUCCGAGACCACCGCUGCGGGUCGUUUGCUCAGGAGCAGGAGAACAUCCCCUCCAAAUGGUACGUGAACGGGAAGACGUACAUGGAGGACGUGGCGGAUGCUCUGGAGGAGGCCAAAGAGGAAAUCUUCAUCACGGACUGGUGGCUGAGUCCAGAGAUCUUCCUCAAGAGACCCGUGGUGGAAGGGAACAGGUGGAGGCUCGACUGCAUCCUGAAACGCAAAGCACAACAGGGGGUGCGUAUCUUUGUGAUGUUGUACAAGGAGGUGGAGCUUGCCCUGGGCAUCAACUCGGGCUACACCAAGCGGACCCUCUCACGCCUGCACCCCAACAUCAAGGUGAUGCGCCAUCCCGACCACGUCUCCUCCGCCGUCUACCUGUGGGCGCAUCACGAGAAGAUCGUGGUCGUCGACCAAUCGGUGGCCUUCGUGGGCGGGAUCGACCUGGCGUACGGUCGCUGGGACGACCGGGAGCACCGGCUGACGGACGUCGGCAGCGUGACGCGCUCCGUGGCCCUCGAGCAGGCCGGCGCCACUAGCGCCCCGUCCAGCAAAGGCGCGACCUUCGUCGACGGCGUCUCCGAGAGCAACGGCCGGGGGACGCCGCCCGGCGACCCGGCCGACUUGCCCAGGCUGAAGGGGAUCGGACGCAGCCACAAGGCUCGCUUCAGCCUGUACCGACACCUGCACAAGCACACGCUGCAGCACGCCGACAGCGUGAGCAGCGUCGACAGCGCAGGGAGUGGCUCAGUGCAGAGCCUCAAGACGGGCGUGGGAGAGUUACAGGGAAACACGCGCUUCUGGCAUGGAAAGGACUACUGCAACUUUGUCUUCAAGGACUGGAUCCAGCUGGAGAAACCUUUUGAUGACUUCAUCGACAGGUACACCACUCCCAGGAUGCCGUGGCACGACAUCGCCUCGGCGGUUCACGGCAGAGCUGCGCGGGACGUGGCCCGCCACUUCAUCCAGCGCUGGAACUUCACGAAGAUCAUGAAGCCAAAGUAUCGCUCUCUGUCGUAUCCGUUCCUGCUGCCCAAGUCUCACUCCAGCGCCAACGACCUCACAUACCAGGUUCCCGACUGUGUCAAUGCCAAAGUGCAGGUGCUGCGGUCGGCAGCAGACUGGUCGGCGGGCAUAAAGUACCACGAGGAGUCGAUCCACAACGCCUACAUCCAGGUCAUCGUCAAGAGCAAGCACUUCAUCUACAUCGAGAACCAGUUCUUCAUCAGCUGCGCCGACAACCGGAUGGUGUACAACAAGAUCGGGGACGCCAUCAUCGAAAGGAUCCUACGAGCCUACAAGUACUUCCCUUUUUUUCUCCUACCGAGUACAGCGGGAGUACUCGUGACUGUCGUAGGGAAGCAGCUCGAAGACGAGGUGAGUCUCUUCUUCUUCUUCUUCUCACGGUGGCUUCGUGGCAUGUCGGCUCACAGGGAGGGGAGGAAGUACCGCGUGUACGUGGUCACGCCGCUGCUGCCCGGCUUCGAGGGCGACAUCACCACAGGAGGAGGCAACGCCCUGCAGGCCGUCAUGCACUUCAACUACAGGACCAUGAUCAGAGGAGAGUACUCCAUCAUCUCCCAGCUGAGGAAGGAGAUGGACGACCAUUGGAUGAACUACAUCUCCUUCGCGGGCCUGCGGACUCACACGGAGCUGGAGGGUCGGCUAAUAACGGAGCUCAUCUACGUGCACAGCAAGAUGCUCAUCGCCGACGACAACACGGUCAUCAUCGGUUCGGCGAACAUCAACGACAGAAGCAUGCUGGGUAAACGCGACAGCGAGGUGGCGGUGAUCAUCGAGGACUCCGAGAAGGUCGCCGCCGUGAUGGACGGACAGGCGUAUGAAGCCGGAACCUACGCUCUUCAGCUGCGCCUCGAGUGCUUCCGCACCAUCCUCGGAGGUCACAAUGACACCAGUAUCGACAUGGCCGACCCCGUCAGCGACCGCUUCUACAAGGAGGUGUGGAUGACGACCGCUGGCCGCAACGCCACCAUCUACGAGAAGGUGUUUCGUUGCCUCCCGUCGUCGCUGGUGAGGAACAUGUCCGAGCUGGAGCAGUACCAGUCCGUACCGGGUCUGGCCCAGAGCGACCUGGCCCGCGCUCAGGAGGAGCUGCGCAAAAUCCGAGGCUUCCUGGUCCAGUUUCCUCUGGACUUCCUGUCCGAGGAGAACCUCAUGCCCUCCGUGGGGACGAAAGAGGCCAUGGUCCCAACGGAGAUCUGGACAUAAGAGGCCCACUCGGUGCACGUCGGACAUUUAUCUUCUGGAUUGUAGUCGUCGUCGAAAGCGAGUCUGCUCUGGAUCGACGUGAUCCGCCGGGCGAUGGACAAAAAAUCUUGAACUGAAAAAAAGAAGAAGAAAAACACACUGCACCGUAGUCACAGUGUAUUUAGGUCGGCAUUCAAACCUUUUUUUGGGACGUAUGAACAUCAAAACGACAUUGCGCAAUGUUUAAUGACUGCAGUCAUUCAACCAGUGGAGGUGAGAAACAGGCACGUGGACUUUUUAGAGUUUACUCGAACUCUACACAUGUUGACCUUUUGGACAAGACGAGGAGGGGAGGACUUCGUAGGGAACCAACAGUAACAGUUAGUUUUAACAGGAUCGACGGAGAUAAUAAUCCAUGUACCAAAUCCAUCUCUGAUUUUUUUUAAACAAGAACAAAAAACACAGAGAUAUUAUAUUUUCCGAGAAAGGUGUUUUUUGUGACAGAUGAUUUGAAUGAACUUUAAAGCAGGAAUCAAAGAGAAUGAACACAGGUGCAGAAGCCACGGGGGGUUGGGGGGGGGUGUAUACACUGAUUACAGCUGAGGGGUUUUUAAUGGCUGUGUGGUGGUGAACAUCAGAGGCCGGAUGAGACAAUCGGUCCACACAGAUUCAAAGGAGUAAUUCCCUUCUUACCCAGCAGGUGGUGCCCUUUCCUUAAAGCUACAGUUCGUGUUACUAACUGGACCUUUCAGUUCUCCUCUCUUAUAUUUCCUUUUUUUUAGGUGCUGAAACACUGAAAUUAAAUCAGCGUUUUUUGUUGUUUGUUUUUCAUAUAGCAUGCAAUUGAUGCCCAAGGCAACGCUGUCAUGUGAAGAUACAGUUUUGAGAUCGCUAGUUACGUUUCCAGUUUUCUGUCUCAGUUCCCGUGAUUUUCUUGAGAAGCCUUUUACUCUGAAGGGAACAUUAACAUUAUUAUUAUUAUAUAUAUUUUUUAAUGUACCACAGCCUGUAUCUGUCAAGGAGAAACUAUGUUUUUCUAGGUUAUUAUGAUUAUUAUUAUUAUUAUUAUUAUUAUGGUGUGUGUGGGGCAACUGAAGUAAUGCGAUGUUAAUGUAUGGACUCUAUGUUCCCGGAUUUCUUAAAAUUUUAUAAUAUUUGUUCUUUUUUGUUGUUGUUUCUGCAUCACCAAAUACACGAGAAAUUAAAGAACCAAUCCUUUUUAAUCCGACUGUGCUCUGUUUCAUAGUAAAUUAUAUUCUCACGAAGGUUAUCAAACAAUAAAUCACAGCCCUUGCAUCUGGUUCCUGUAAAUAAAUGUUUAAAAAACAAACUCAGAUCAUCUGUAUUUCUAAGUAAUUAUGUCUCGACGCCUGUCAGGCUCACACGCGACAUGAAAACAAGAUUCAAGAUCAAGAUUCAAGAUGUUUUAUUUGUCACAUACACACACAGGGUGUGCAGUGAAAUGAAAGUGGCAAUGCUCAGCAGGAAUGUGCAAGGGCAACAAGUACACACUAUUUACAAUAAAAAACAACACAAUAUUUACA